GAAGGCCCUGGAGGGACGCGGCCCAGCGCCUGCCGAGCUCCCGGGCGCGCCGUCCAGCCGGCAGCAUGAGCGCCCCUGCCGCGACCCCCAUCUUCGCGCCCGGCGAGAACUGCAGCCCCGCGUGGCGGGCGGCGCCCGCGGCCUACGACGCGUCGGACACGCACCUGCAGAUCCUGGGCAAGCCGGUGAUGGAGCGCUGGGAGACCCCCUACAUGCACGCCCUGGCGGCCGCCGCCGCCUCCAGAGGGGGCCGGGUGCUGGAGGUGGGCUUCGGCAUGGCCAUCGCAGCCACCAAGGUGCAGGAGGCCCCCAUCAACGAGCACUGGAUCAUCGAGUGCAAUGAGGGCGUCUUCCAGCGGCUCCAGGACUGGGCCCAGCGGCAGCCGCACAAGGUGGUUCCCUUGAAAGGCCUGUGGGAGGAGCUGGCGCCCACCCUGCCGGAUAGUCACUUUGAUGGGAUCCUGUAUGACACGUACCCGCUGUCUGAGGAGACCUGGCACACGCACCAGUUCAACUUCAUUCGGGACCAUGCCUUCCGCCUGCUGAAGCCAGGGGGUCUUCUCACCUACUGCAACCUCACCUCCUGGGGGGAGCUGAUGAAGUCCAAGUACUCGGACAUCACCACCAUGUUCGAGGAGACGCAGGUGCCGGCCCUGCUGGAGGCGGGCUUCCGGAGGGAGAACAUUCACACGCAGCUCAUGGAGCUGGUGCCGCCGGCCGACUGCCGCUAUUACGCCUUCCCGCGGAUGAUCAUGCCCCUGGUCACCAAGCACUGAGCCCACCGGGGCCACUGGCUCUGCUGCCCACGCCGCCCCGGGGGCUCUGGGCUUCAGGAACAGCCCUACAAAGUGCCCCUGUGGCGGGGAGUGCAGGCGCUGGGCCCUCAGCCCCGCCCAGACCCACACGGGCAGCGUGAGCAGCGUGACGCCUGCCCUACCCGCUGCAAGGGGAUGACCUCUGCCUUCCUCCCAGGCUCCUGAGGAUGAAAUAAAUGCUAACACUGGGUUUGGCCA